AUGGAAGAAAGUAAAGAAAGUGAUAGUGAUCAUAAGAAGAUAUUAAUAUCUAUCCUUGAUUCUAAGAAUCAGGCUAAUCAAAAGCAUGCUGUGUUAAUAGAGGACAAUCUGGAGCACUAUACAGAAUCUUCAUGUUCGUACCCUGAGCCUCCGAUCGUGCCAAGGAGUUGUAAUGGGUCUCAUUCCAAAUAACAUGAGGCAUAUUUUCAAAGAUGAAUACGAAAACACUUUGACAUCAAAUAUGAACGAGACUCACAGCAAGGGUUCAACUGUCUCGUUUCAAACAUUCACUCUUGAGCCUCCCAUGGAGUAUGAAGAGAUAAUCCAAAAACUGGAAGGGGAUAUUCGCAAGCAUAUUCGUAUUCAGAACCAACUUAAGCUCCAUAUUGAGUCUCUCCAAGGUAAAGUUGAAGAAAAAGAAAGAGAAAUCCUUAAGAAAAACUCAGAAAUCACUAGUUUAAAUACUACUCUUGACACUAUAAAAUCUUCCAUUGGAGACAUCGAAAGGAGAAAAUCAUCUGAAAUCAGAGAAAUAAGAGUUCUUAGCGAGAAAGAAAUAAAAAGAAUUGCUGAUGAAAAUAGGAGGUUACAUAAACUACUCCAUGACCAGGCUAAGCAAAUCGAGAGAAAUACAAUUGCAGCUAAGUCUAUCCCCCACAGUAGUAUUGAGAGGGCUAAGCGAGCAGAGUCCGCCAGAUCUACAAGCAGCCAUGGAGCAAGCAAAGCUCAAGAUAUUUCAGGCAUAAAUAUAAAGAAAAGCCAUCAUAGACAUGGAUCGGCCUCCUCAAAUAUUAGCACCAAGCAGUCAAAGAAAGUGAGCCAGGCCAAGAAAGUGUCGAAUUUAGAGACCUCCCAGAAUACUAAAAGAUCAUCUGUUACCCGACCAGUAAAGCAAUCCCCGUAUUCCACAAUGAGACAUGGAAAACCAGCAGAGACUGAAAAUGCUGAGCUAGCAAUGAUGCAUGACUGGGACAAGCAGAAAACAAUGCCAAUCCAAGCUAGAGGGGCUAGCUCAAAGAAAAGGAAAACUGAAUGUAAAAAGAAUGACCGGAAGAGUGAAAGAAAGUCUAAAAAUAAAAGCUUACUAGCUACUGCUAAUUCUAAAAGUCUCAGGCAUGACCUGUACAAAGGAUUGCAUCAAUAUAACCAAGGUAUAAGAACCUUUGGGAAUGUAGGAAAUGCUGGUAACUCUGGUAAUACUUCAUCCCAGACACAGCUUAGGAAAUCCCAGCUUUACUCAACAGCAAGUGCUCAUAAUAAAUCUACAAAUAACUUAUCAGCAGCGACUUCCAGCAUGAAGGCACAGUUGUCUAAAUAAGAUGAUUAAGAAUUAUGUCAAAACUAACAGAGAGAAAGAUCAUUUAGGGGCUAGAUAUGAAAUCGACAAGAAUGGAAGAGAGAAGAAGCUCAAUACUUACCGUAAAAGUGUCCUUCCUAAAGACAAGCGAGCUGAUUCCAAAAGGCCAAAGUCUUCCCUGGAAAAUGUGUCUAGUUCACAAGGAGGAAGUAAGCAUAGAAAAGUUCCUAAGACUUAUCAGUCUCCUAAUGGAACUAGUGAUGAGCCAAGAAAACCCAAAGUGAAGGUUUAUAAGUUAGAGAAGGGACAGGGUAUUGGCAAAAGUGAGGAUAGAGGAAAGCAUCUUAAGUCAAAAAGCCAGUCAAAUUUCUCAUCCAACCAUGGUAUUGAUCAUAAGACAAAGAGGUAUAAAAAUUCCAAAAUGGAGAAAUCAGAAAUCUAUUCACAAAAUUUUAUGACCAAUGAGCUACAUACUUCAUGUGGAUUAAGGAAAAAUAUGAGUAAGAUUACUUCUCCAGGCAAUGACAGUAGCAAGUCUCCAAUGAAAACUAUUUCAAACUUUCAGCAGAUGAGAAAGAUUAUAAAGAAGGUGAAUCACACUUUAAAGAGCUCAAGAGCUCAUUACCCUAAGAAACCUACCACCGAUAGUGAUAUUAGUAAGAAUAACUCUCUGAUUGCCGAGAGUGGUUGAAGUGGGUUCUUCGGCAAUAACAGAAACAGAGAACCUCAGAAAGAGCAUUCUGGUACUAGAAUAAGCAACAAAGUGCAGGAGGGUCAGCACUUUGAUGAUAGAAUAAAUUUUUACCCCUAUCCUCAGAAUGAGGUCGACUUCAAAUCUCUUGAAUUCCAAGAGCCUAAGGAAGAAUUCAAAGUAACAAGACUAAAAUCUAGCAUGAAAGAACGCUCCCCUGAUACUUCUAAGGAUAAUAUCCCUGAGUACUACUUUGAUCUCUCAAAGAUGGGGGAUAAUGAGCACAAGAGGGCUAAAGUUGGGAACAAAGAGAAGAUCAAGAGCUAUCAACUAUAUAAAAGACAGUAAUAUUUCCAUUAUAACACUUUCAA